AUGGCUGAUAUCAACUCUGAUUUCCGCGUUAUAUCCACCCUACGCUACGAUCCAGAGCUUUUGAAUGAGAUACACAACCCGGUCCCCCAACUAGAGCUACCUUUUGCGCCCUUCUACCUCCUUACAUACCACCAUGGGCGACUCCUGGAUGCUGUGUCUGACUUCCAAUGGGAGGCUGCUAUUUCACGAAUGCAACAGACUGCUUUCGCCGAGAAAUUUGCUGAGUCUCUCAAUGCACAGCUCCCAGACAAAUCUCGACCUUGGCGUUUGCGCAUACUGUUAGAUCAUAAGGGCGAGCUGACUGUGGAGGCUUCGCCUAUUCUAUCGCCUUUGAGCUCUCAUAUUUUCUUUCUUCCGCCUCACCUUUCGUUCUCAUCCUUGUGUGCGUAUAAUAAGGAUGUUAUCCACUGGAAACUACGGCUGGAUACGCAGCCCACUGAACCAUCUCUAUUCACCAAGCACAAGACCACUUUUAGAGACGUGUAUAAUGCCGCCCGGAUGAGGGCCAACCUACCAUCUGUGGCCGCCCCAGUUGAAGUUCUUAUGUACAACCUCAAUGGUGAGGCCAUGGAAGGCAGCAUUACCACGGUUUACUUUAGAAAAAGAGUAGUUGAUAAAACAUACAACUCAACCGCUGUUGUUGAUGAAUGGAUUACACCUCUACUAUCCUGUGGCGGAAACUCAGCAACAACUCGGCGUUAUGCUCUAGAUACUGGCAUCUGCUCCGAGGGUGUCAUCCGGGUUGACACACUAAAGUCCGGGGAAGAGGUAUGGCUGAGUAAUGGAGUAAGAGGGUUUAUGCCAGCUGUAUUAGAGCUGUAG